CCCUUCCCAACCACCCUUACAGCAUCCCCAACCGCAUACCAAAAAUGCCUCAAAUACACCUGCCUCCACACCGCAUCCGUCUGCGUCGCCUGAUAAAAGGCCGUGCAGACAAAGGAGAGCUUGCAGAGGUCGGUGUAGGAUUGGGUCGCGUAGGUGAGGAUGCGGGUGAGGGGGGUGGAGGGGAGGGUUAGGAUGUGCGAUUUUGGUGGUUGUGCAGGUCGUGGGUGUGACGAUGCGUGUAAUGUUUUCGUCGACUCGACGGAAUCAGUGAUCCUGACUUUCCCCCUCCUCCUCCACCCCAACCCAAACGCGACAUCCCAGAUCUCCCUCAUAUACGGCGUCAACUCCAGACAGUCCUCUUUAUCCGAAUGGGCAAAGAAGCAUUGUUUUAGGGGUCGGAGUUUGCAGUUGACGCCCUUUGGGCACCAGGGGAUGUGCGGUUGGGCGUGGCGGAGGUUGCAGGCGGAGCCUUUUGAGCAGGGGUUGGAGGGGAGGUCUGGGUGGGUGGCGGUUGAGGAAUGGGAGGAGGGGUUGGAGGUGGACGGAGUAGUGCAUGUUGUUGUUUGCGCGGAGGCGGUCGAUGAGGUUGUCGAGGCUAUAUUUGUCUUCUUCGUCUGUCUUGGCGUAUUGGAGGAUAUAGUGGACGACGACUCGACGAUGCAGUUGAUUGGUAGUUUGGCUUUUCGAGAUUGUCCCACAGCUGUGCAGCUCACAGGCUCGGCUGGUGCAGAGAAUUUCGAUCCGUUGCUCUGCGAGCCGUCCGUCGCUCCAACAGCCGCCCAACCUCCAUCUCCCCACGUCCUAAUCGCAGCGGUUCCGGUAUCCACCGCCCAGGAGGUCGGGGCGAUUGCUGACACCGUUGGGCCACUUAGACUAGCAACCUUCUUCUGCACAAGCGUAAAGCCGGACAAUGGUAACGGCUUUGCCCAUGCGCCUUUGGCGUUGGCUGUGGGGCCUUUCGCGGUCGGUGCCAAUUCCGUUUGUGCGGGUCUGGAUGUGACAUUUUUGGCGACGUCUGACCAUCGGUGGGUAUUCGGUUUCGUUUUGAGAGGGAUUGCUGUGGUGACCUCCUCGGGUUUUGCCACCCAGGUUGGAGUGCCAUCAAACACAGCCUGUUUCGUCUGUCCCCAGGCCCCAGGGGCCGUAGCUUCCGGUUGUGUUGAGGUGGCUUUCGAUGCACCUGCCUCCGCUCCCAUUCCCUCCCUCGUUGACGCAAUCGACGUUUCCGCAUCUCUUUUGCCGGAUUUCGCCCCACUCUUUCCUGACUUUCCCGUUCUCGCGCUCCUCCCAUCCUUAACCUCCCCGCUUCCUCUUCCCCGCCCGUUCAACGGCACCUUAUCCCAAAAGGCGGGACAUAAAGGCCAUUCCUUCGAUAUCGUUGCGCGGUGAGCCGAGACUUUCGGGCCGAGAUACGCAGACAGGCUUUCGAAAUAUGGGUUGGAGAAGGAGGCUCCCUUCUCGUGGGGUAGUUGUAUGAAGCAGAGAAUGUGGUCGAAGCGGUGUUUGUGGAGUUUGUGGGAGGUUGUGGUGGCGGCGGUGGGGUGGGUCCUGGAAGAAGUGGCUUUGCUGCUUUUGGGCAUACUGUUAUUG